AUGAUUUCAAAAUUUCCAACUCCCGAUAAAUUCUAUCAAUCCAUGGAUAUGACUGCACUUUGCAAUCAUUCCAAAUAUUCCUUCGACGCAGCCACAUGGUUGAAAUAUUUUGACCUUUACAAAAUCAAGAAAAAAGAAAAUCUCAAGUUAUUGCGCCAAUACAUUCAAAGUGAAACUCUGAACAGUUUUAGAAAUUUACAGUUUACUCCUCAACCGCAUGGCUCAGAAGAUUUUGAAAAGUCUGUUUCAAUUUCAAGAUCCUCUCUUGAACAAAGUUGUAAACUCACAAAAUUCUAUUCCAAUCCAUCAGCAUCAACAUGUAUCUUGGAAAGUUUGAAUUCACCAAAACCAUUCAAAACUAACAUUUCCAUCAUGAUCGGAGAUUGUUUGGAGGCAGCAUUGAUUUAUUCAAUGGGAGGAAUCAAUAAAGAUUCCGAACACAAUGUACAAACGAAAAAAGUGGCCGUGUUGAAUAUGGCAUCAGCAAAGAGACCUGGAGGAGGAUAUAAAACUGGAUCUGGAGCUCAAGAAGAGAAUUUAUUUAGAAGAACCAGUCUUGCCUUCUCUUUGGAAGAUGUUGACCAUUGGGAUACCGAUAGGAAAUGGAAAUAUCCGUUACCUGAAUUGGGUGGUGUUUAUGUUCCAAAUGUUUCUGUCAUUAGAGGAAGUGAACUCAAAGGUUAUCCAUUCCUCACAAAACUGUAUCAUGUUGAUGUGAUUUGUGUGGCUGCCUACGCCAAACCACAGUUAGACCAAUCGAGACAGAAACUACAUGAAUCUUUAAUUGAAAAUGUGAAAAAUAAGAUGAGACUUAUGUUUGCAAUGGCAAUAGAGAAUGGCGUUACCACAGUGAUUUUAAGUGCUUGGGGUUGUGGAGCUUAUGAAAAUCCACCCUCACAUAUUGCAUCUUUAUUUAACUCUGUUAUUAAGGAAUAUGAUGGUGCAUUUGAAGACAUUGUUUUUGCCAUCUAUAAUGAUCACAAUGCAAAAUCAACUGAUGGAAAUAUUGUGCCUUUUGAAAGAGUGUUCAACAUCAAGGGAACAGAAAUUGUUUGGGAUUAA